AUGGAGCAAGACACCCAAAACGACAACCCCCUCGACAUGACCACCCGCGCCAAAGACUCCCCCUGGUACGCCCACGACGUCGCCGCCGUCCUCCAGCCCCAAACCCGCUCAAUGCUACAAACCCACGCCAACAUCCUUCCAGACGACAUCAUCGCCCACAUCGAAGUCACACGCAGCAAAGCCUGGGCCCUCGCCCCCUACCCCUCCGUCGGCGCCCUGACCUGGCUAAACCCCUACCUCACGCUGCACCUCUCCCACGACCUGGUGCUGGAGAAGGUGAAGUCCGGCGCCACGAUCCUCGACUGCGCAUGCAUGAUCGCGCCGGACCUCCGGUACCUCGCCUCCCGCGGCGCGCCGGCGGAGAGGAUGUACGGUUUCGACAUCGAGGCGGGUUUCUUCGAUAUCGGGUUCGAUUUCUACCGCGACCGGGAACGGUGGCACGGCAGUUUCUUCGAAGCGGACGGCACGAAACCACUUUCAGAGACGAAACUAGCUGUUCUGAAAGGGAAGAUGGAUAUACUCUGGUGUCCGAAAUUCCUCCACCUCUUCGACCGCGCGCAGCAAAUCGCCGUCUCCUGUAACCUUGUCGGGCUGCUUCGCUCGGUGACAGGGAGUCUCUUCAUCGGCUCGCAGAACGGACGGCCCGUGCCGGAGGAGAUGCCGGUGAAAGAAGGCAGUCUCGGGCACGGGCAGAACAGUAUCUUCGGCGCGAACGCGGAGGAGAUGCAAAGGAUGUGGGCGGAGGUGGGGGAGCGGACGGGGACGAAGUGGGAGGUUGAGGCGCGGUUGUUGGAUCUGCGGACCGUGGGGUUGCAUGUUGAGGAUGGGAGUUGGUAUAAGCGGGUUACGGGGUAUAACCUGCAGUGGACGGCGAGGUUGGUGGAGGCGUAG